AGGGGUGUGCAGGUGGCGUCUGUGCACUGUCAGUAUGCAGCGGUUGCUUUUUCCGCCCUUGAAGGCCUUCGUGGGGGGCCCGUGUCUCCGGCUCCUGCUUCCUAGAGCAGCGCCUAGAGCACAGUGUGGUUGCAGCUGUGGUAUCAGGCGCCCUCUGAGGCCAGGGCAAUACAGCACCAUCUCUGAAGCAGCUUUGCAGUCUGGAAGGGGUACAGUGUCCCUUCCCUCAAAAGCUGCUGAGCGGGUGGUAGGCCAGUGGCUCCUGGUCUGCAGUGGAACAGUGGCUGGAGCAGUAAUUCUUGGUGGAGUAACUAGAUUGACAGAGUCUGGCCUCUCGAUGGUAGACUGGCAUUUAAUAAAGGAGAUGAAACCACCUACAAGCCAAGAGGAAUGGGAAGCAGAAUUCCAAAGAUAUCAGCAAUUUCCAGAAUUUAAAAUCUUGAAUCAUGAGAUGACGUUGGCAGAAUUCAAGUUCAUCUGGUACAUGGAGUAUUCACACCGAAUGUGGGGUCGUCUUGUAGGCCUCGCAUACAUCCUGCCUGCUGCCUACUUUUGGAGAAAGGGCUGGCUCAGCCGUGGCAUGAAAGGACGUGUUCUUGCUCUCUGUGGUUUAGUCUGUUUCCAGGGUCUGUUAGGAUGGUAUAUGGUGAAAAGUGGAUUGGAAGAAAAACCAGACUCCCAUGACAUCCCCCGGGUCAGUCAGUACCGCCUCGCUGCCCAUCUGGGGUCAGCCCUUGUUCUUUAUUGCGCCAGCUUGUGGACCUCACUCUCACUGCUGCUCCCUCAGCACAAGUUGCCUGAAACCCGUCAACUCCUGUGGUUGAGACGAUUUGCUCAUGGAACAGCAGGGCUAGUGUUCCUUACAGCUCUCUCAGGUGCUUUUGUGGCAGGGCUGGAUGCUGGGCUUGUAUACAACUCUUUCCCCAAAAUGGGAGAAUCCUGGAUCCCAGAAGACCUCUUUGCCUUCUCCCCCAUCCUGAGGAAUGUUUUUGAAAAUCCCACCAUGGUUCAGUUUGAUCACCGGAUUCUGGGAAUCACUUCAGUCACUGCCAUUACAGCACUCUACUUCCUGUCUCGGAGAAUUCCUCUUCCUCGAAGGACCAAGAUGGCAGCGGUGACUCUGCUGGCUUUGGCAUAUACACAGGUGGGCUUGGGCAUUAGCACUCUUCUGAUGUAUGUUCCAACUCCUCUGGCUGCCAGUCACCAGUCAGGCUCCUUGGCUCUGCUCAGUGGUGCCCUUUGGCUCAUGAAUGAACUCCGAAGAGUCCCAAAAUAAUUCUCAGAGGGUCAGCUUCCUAGGACUGAAACUGCACUUUUGAGAGCUCAUCAGAGAGCACAAGAAGUUAUGCUUUUCGAUGAAGAUAACCUUGGCAUACUAAGUGGUUUCCAAAUUGGUCAAGUUAUUUAAAAUUCUUUGCCUGUUUUGAAGUCACUGGAUCAAGAAUACCAUUAAGUAUAAUUAGCUAAUGGUUCCUUUCUAAAUCUGUUACUUUUCACAUUGAAAAUCAGGUUUAAUGUAGAGAAAGAAAUGUCUGCCAUUUGCUGCUUAUUCUUUGUCUCAGGUUUCUUAAUGUUUGCAAACUCUUGGUUCUGUAUGCCUGAUUUCUGUCUCGUUUUUCUCCUGAGUCCUGAAUUCUGCCUGUGUAGAAUUUCUUUAUGAUCUUCACUACCAUCAGGUGAAGUUUCAAAGGGAAGGACUGGCAUACCCUGAAGUAGCUAGCUAGCCCUAAGCAAAAAAUAGCUAAUGUCUUCUAGUGUCCUGAUUUUCAAAAAUGGGGAAAGCCUACAUUUUUACAAGUUUAAUGUGUAUAUGCAGCAAAAUGGUUUAUAAGUACUUGGAAAAGGAGGUAAUCAAUAGUAACCCACUUGGAUUCAUCAAGCACUAACCUAGUUCCUCUUCUGAUAGUGCUAUUACAUCGCUAGGUCAGAGGUAUGGAACAGACAGUAUAAAUUGGUUCCUGAAAGAGUUUCCUAAAAGGCUUGUGGGCAAGAAAAAUAUGGCCUUGAUGGUGUGCUACAUGGACAUCUAUUCAGAUAUUUAAACAAAUUGUUGAUUACUGAAUUGGUAUGAUUUUGCUCUUGGUAUUUCACAGGGCUCUGUCUUACUCAACUUUAUUUUUUAAAUCAUUGAUUUGGAUGAAGGCAUCAGAAAUGUCAGAUGUGAGGAUGGAGCAAACAGCAUUGCUAAUAGGUGGCAGUGGCAACUCAAAACAGUCCCAGAGUGACCUUAUCAAGGUGAAAUUAAACAUUAUAAAUGUAAGGUACUCAUUUAAAUUAAAUAAGUUGUAUAAAUUUGGAGUGAAGAAACCUGGCUUCAUAUCAUUUCAUAUAAAAGUCUUGGGGAUUUCGGCUGGCCUCAGGCUCAACAUGAACCAACUAUUCAUGUUGUUAUCACAUAACACAGAAAAAUUAGUGGUGCUUCAGGUUUUAUCAAUAGAAGUGUCACAGCCAUAGUCAGAAUAACCCCCCUAAGGUAUUGCAUUUCACUUGGAUACAAAAUUUAAGCAGGACAUUGACCACUAAGUGUGUAUCCAGAGGAAGACACCAAGGUGGUGAGAAGUCCAGAACCUCUAUCACGUAGGAAAUAGUCGAAGGGACUAGGGAUAUUUAAAUGGGGACAAGAACAUUUGGGGAGAGAGCAAGAUUCCUGUCCUUGAGAAGUUGAAGCCCUAACUUAACAGAAGAGGAAAUGAGUUUCCUUUGUGCUGCAGAGCUGGGAGCAAUGGAUGAAAGUUGCUGUAAGUUAGUUUUUAGUUCUGUAGAAGAGUAGGGUGGACCAAAUCAAAUGCCCACUGGGGUCAGGCUGGUGGAGACAGUGACAGACUGGAGAGCAGGUGCCCCAACUAAGGGGUAAACCACUACAGAGCUCUGGCCUGUUACUGCUCUGCAGGUCCAGGGUUGUCAGAUCUGGUUUUUUAAAGAAGCCAAAUAUCUGGAUUUUUAUGUAAAAGCUCUCAAGUGUUGGCAACUAAUUUCAAGUUUCUAAAAACUACAUGCAGUCUUAACAUAAAUGACCUAAUAUUUGCCCAUUUGCAAUCUCUGAACUAGAUGAUUUUAGUUCCUUUUUUUUUUGGUGGCUGGCCAGUACAGGGAUCCGAACCCUUCACCCUUGGUGUUAUCAGAACCACACUCUAACCAAGUGAGCUAACUGGCCAGCCUUGGGAUCUUAACUAAGGGAUUUUAGUUCGGUUUGUUUCAACUCCAAUAUUCUGAGUUUCAGUGUAACCUACAAUGUACAGUUCUCAGUUGGUUCUUAGUGUAAUAAAAGAUGGUUUGUCUUUUUCAAACAGCCCCGAACCUGGUGGGCUUAUACGGUUGCCUAGAAGUGACUCCCAACCUCUCUCACCUUAGAAUCUUUGAAAAAUCCCAAAGCCCAAGCCUUAUUCAAGACCAAUUAAAUCACAAUCUCUAGGAUCAGUAAUAGGCAUAUUUUUAAGUGUCCCAGGUGAUUCCAAUGUGCAGACAAGCUUAGGGACCACUUUCCCAGGUCCUAAUAGAUUAGUUACCUUAGAAAGUUCUGACUAGCUUAUUCCUACUCCCUCUGAAUUUCUACCCCACCCUAUCUCAUUUAAUCUGCUAUGUUGAUACUGUUAGUAUGUUAAUAGGAUAUUGUCUCUUCUAGAUAGUAGAAUUUGUUGAAGAAAGGGAACUGCAGUUAUUUGGGCAGGUUCCUGCACCAUUAUCUCCUACUCCCUGAACCCAGGUUGUCCUUAGAUAAUAACUGAGUCAGCAGAGGGCAGUAUCAUCCAACCCAAAGAACCAUAUGCUAAUGCUUCUAUAGUUCCCUCCGAGAAAGUAGCAACUCAUGAAUAAGUUCAAAUUUCAGAUGUUUUACUUUAUUUUUCUUGUAUUACAGAUGAUGAGUCAGUUUGGAAAAACAGAUCUGGUUACACUUAGCUGUUUAACUAUAUUAUGCUAUCAAUGAGCUCCUGGUGGAGAUUGUCUUAAUUAUUUUUGUAUUUGCAUUAUUCCCAGCACCACUAGAAACAUACCAAAUAUUGAAUGAAUGAAUGCAUGAAUUAAUGGAAACAGAUGAUUACAUAUUGAUGUCCCAAAUACUUUUUCAAAAAAAGUCACUACAUAUCUAUAGAAUUAAAUGAAUUUCCCUUAACAUUUUCAAAGAUCUCAACAGUUCUGUCAAUUGUUUUUAAAAUAUGAAGAAAAUUAAAACACGGCUUUCUUAAUCAGUCAA